UCAUGUCAUUGUCAAAUUGAAAAUACAACAAACGAAAGAAAGUGAAAAUUAAAAAUUAAUUUAAUUAACCAAGAUUAACUGUUAAUGAAAAGAAUAUUUUAAAUUUUAAUAGAAUAAAGAUUUUUGAAUAGUGUGAAGGACAUUAAUUAUUCAUUAGAGUAUAAAUUUAUUUAACUCAUGACCGACAGAUAGAUAACGGCAACGAACGGGUACAUAACUAUGAACUAGAAAAGCAAAUUGUUUUUAAUAUUUCCUUUGAUUCCAUCUGCUAAAAAUUAAAAUGGAAAGAAUAUUAGAAUUUGUAAAUUUCAUACGCAUUCAGUGUACAGGACCGAUGAAAACUUUAGAAAAACAUAUAACUUUAAAUUUACGAGAGGCUAACGUAAAUAUAAGACCAGCAAAAACUAACGGACUAUGGUGUCAUAUACUCAUACCAGUUACACUGACCUUGUAUUGCUGUUUUGACAAUGUGUCGACCCUGUACAAGAUAACAACAUGCAUAUCUAUUGGGUUGCUGUUUCACAGUAUUCUGUUUAUACUGUUCCUGUCAACAUCUAGUUUGUUUCUCAAAGAGACUGUUUAUUCUGGUUGUGUUGCAUCUGGCUUUGUUUCUGCAAUGUUGAUGUAUGUCUUGUUGCAAAGAGAUCUCUGGUUUUCGCUAACAGUUAGUAUAAUGUCAAUGUGGCUAUAUACUAAGUUGCUCAGAGUGUUCCUAGUGAAGCUGGAUAAGACAUUCACUGUGGGAGAAGCCAUGGUCACUGCCCAGACAGUUGUGUUGUUCUUUAUUAUGUCUGUUAUAAAAUUCUUCUUUGAAAUGAAAACGGAUGACAAAGAAUUGGAAUUUAUUGGUGUAAUUGUUUAUACUAUAUUAUCAACAGUGGGAUUGAUUGUUACAGCAUUGUACUUCCUGAGUGACUCUCACAGAACUCUCGACACUCUUGUGUACAUACUGGUGGCCGCUGUUAUAUAUGCUGUAAAUGUGCUGUACUAUACACUGGGGGCUAAAGGUUUCAUACAAAUAUUCAGUUAUGUGUUAUUGGAACGAGAUAGGUACCGGUUACUGAUGUUCUGGCUGGUGCUGGUGUCGCUGGCGGUGUGCGCGCUGCUGGUGCGCACUAGGCUGGCGGUGAAGGCAAGUACGGUGACGAGGAAGACGUUUCACGUGCUCGCCUCCAUGGUGUUUCUGUCAGGAAUCAUAUACGACGUGCACUUGAUGAAUCUAGCCGCGGGGAUUGGACUUGGAGUUAUAGUAUUAGUAGAGGCCUUACGCAAAUCAGGUAUUCAACCUAUCUCGGAAGCCUUGGAGUCAGUGUUUAUGGUUUACAGUGAUGAGAAAGACAUCGGCGUUUUGGCCAUGACCCCACUGUAUCUGUACGUGGGGCUGGCCUUCCCCCUGCUGGUGGUGCCGGCGCGCGCGGGGAACGAGCCCGAGCUGCUGAGCGGCGUGCUGGCCAUCGGCGUGGGGGACACGGCCGCCAGCUGGUUCGGCUCCCGGUUCGGCUUCAACAAGUGGCAGGACAGCAACAGAACAAUGGAGGGCACCACGUUUAACAUUCUGUCACAAAUUGGUACUGUCUACGCUCUACAACUGUUUGAGCUACUGAACAGCGAAAACGCCUUGACGCGUACUAUUUUUGCGGCGACGGUGUCCGGUCUAGUGGAGGCGUGGACUGACCAAGUGGACAACUUGCUGCUGCCGUUAGUCACUAUGAUUGCGUUCCAGUUCACUUGGAUAGUGCUAUGAUGUUGCUAUUGUGACGGUAGUGUUGCCAUUAUAAGGUGACGAUGCCAUUAUAACGGGGACGAUGCCUUUAUUAAGGUGGUGUUGCAAUUAUUAUGGUGGUAUUGCCAUUAUUAGUGGUGAUGCCAUUAUUACGGGGACAAUGCCAUUAUAACGGCGAUGACGCCAUUAUUACGGUGGUGUUGCCAUUAUUACGGGAACGAUGCCAUUAUCAUAGUGGUGUUGCCAUUAUAACGGUGAUGAUGCCAUUAUUACGGUGGUUCUGCCAUUAUUGGGCUGAUGUUACCAUAAUAAUGGUAUACUGUGGAUUCAUGGAAUACGGUGCUAUAGUCGGCGGAAUAUGGCGAUCUCGACGUUAUAGACAUUGUAUCGUUAUUACGGCUAGAAUCAAACAUUCCCAAAAGAGCAUUUGUAAAUGAUCAAACUUUUUGUCAGAUCAAAUAAUUUGAUAUUUUGUAGCUUUGUUUGAAUGGUUUUUCAAACAUUCUUUAACAAAUAAGUCAAGUUUUACAAGCAAGUUCGUGAACAAUGUUUUAAUCAUUUCCGAUGCCCGUAAAAUAGUGUCUGUAAGGUCUAUAAUGGCCAGCAGCACACGCCCGCCUUCUGUCGAUGCCAGAGACAGAAUGCCCGCUCUCUCCCACUACCGGUGUAUAUAUACACAAACACUACAGUGUCCAAGAAAUUUUAGAACCUAUACGAAGGCGACAAUCUGUGAAGAGCAGUAGAAAUACAAAUUUACGUUAAUCGUCAAAACUCCCUUAAAGACGUCAAAAACAUUCCCAGUCGUUUUAACUAAGCAUUAAAUAAACCAAAGAUUUAUUUAUAACAAUUAGCCAGGGAGACUAGAUUAAAAUGAAUAUAAUUUAUUCAUUUUCAAAUAUUUAGUUGGUAUAUGAUAUUAAUCUAAAGUUUUUUAUUUUUAUAACAUUCCAAAAUUUAUAUUAAAUAAGUACAUAAUUUUAUUGUAUAAUAAAUUUGUUUAAUAAAAUGGUUAAAAAUA